CCUCCGUCCCUCGGGAUCCCUACCCGGAACUGCUCGGCCGCUCCCUAGGGAAGCCCAGGGCGAGCGGGGAGCGCGGCGUUGCCGACCAUGGCGCCCCCCCGGGAUGUAGUGAAAAUCGCCAUCGAGCUGGAGGGGGCCAACCCGCAGCUCAUCGAGCUGGACCAGGCCAAGCCCUUGACUGCAGUCCUGAAAGAGCUGUGCGCCAAGUGGAACCUGAGCGAUUGGGAACACUAUGCCCUGCAGCAUGCCGACGGUCACCGGCGCUACGUCACGGAGAAUAACCGAGGGGAGAUCAAGAACGGGAGUAUCCUCUGCCUCAAACCCUCCCCGGAGCAGGAGGUGGAACAGCUGCUGGGUGGGCUGCAGGCUGGGGGCCAGGAGGGGCGGCGCCCGCUGCUGCGGCGACUUGCAGCCCUGGCCCCUGACCUCACCUUUGCCCGGGAGUUCAUCAGUCGGGACGGGCUGCAGAAGCUUGAACUCAUCGUGGAGCAUGGUGACGACCUGGGUGAAGUGCUGGCUCUGGCGCUGCGGGCCUUCUCGGAGCUCAUGGAGCAUGGUGUGGUGUCCUGGGAGACGCUCAACCCGUCCUUGGUCAGAAAGGUGACUAGCUAUGUGAAUAUGAACCUAAUGGAUGUAUCGGUGCAUCAGCUGGCACUGGGGUUGCUGGAGAAUGUGGUUCUGAACAGCUCUGUAUUGGGCCAGAUAGUCAAGAACGAGAUCCCUGUGGAUAGACUGCUCACCCACCUGCAGGUGAUUAACCAACAGCUGCAGACCAAGGCCAUGGCACUGCUCACGGCACUGCUGCUGGGGGUCACUGUCCCUGAGCGCAAGAUCAUGUUGGACGACCUGUGGCAGAAGAACCUUCGCCUGUACAUCCAAAAGAAUAUCAUCCACAGCUCGGCACCCCUGGGGGCAGAGAUGGCCCAUCACUUGUAUGUGCUGCAGGCUCUGAGUCUGGAGGUGUUGAAGCCACGCAUGCAGACGCCUAUCGAUCCCUUCAGCCAGGAGCAGCGAGAGCAGCUUCAGUCCCUGCGCCUGGCUGCUUUUGAGCCAGAUGGGGGGUCCCCCACAGGGGGACUCAAUACUGAGCGCCGACAGUCCCUCUGUGCUCGCGAGUUCCGCAAACUGGGCUUUUCUAACAGCAAUCCUGCUCAGGAUCUGGAACGUGUGCCCCCUGGUCUGCUGGCCCUGGACAACAUGCUCUACUUUGCCCGCCACGCGCCUAAUGCCUACAGCCGGUUUGUGCUGGAGAAUAGCAGCCGUGAGGACAAACACGAAUGCCCCUUUGCCCGGAGCAGUAUCCAGUUGACUGCGUUGCUGUGUGAGCUGCUGCAUGUCGGGGAGCCCUACUCAGAGACAGCCCAGGACUUCUCCCCGCUGUUCUUUGGGCAGGAUCACACCUUCCACGAACUCUUCUGUGUCUGCAUCCAGCUGCUUAACAAGACCUGGAAGGAGAUGCGAGCCACUCAGGAGGACUUUGACAAGGUGCUGCAGGUGGUGCGAGAGCAGCUGAGCCGGGUGCUGGCUCAGAGGCCGAGCUCGCUGGAGCUGUUCCGCUCCAAGGUGAACGCCCUGAGCUACGGGGAGGUGCUACGGCUGCGGCAGACGGAGAGACUCAGCCAGGAGGGCACCCUGGCCCCACCUAUCCUGGAGCUGCGUGAAAAGCUGAAGCCAGAUCUCCUGGAGCUGAUCCGUCAGCAGCGGUUGCUGCAGCUUUGUGAGGGGACGCUCUUCCGCAAAGUCAGCAGCCGGAGGAGGCAGGACAAACUUUGGUUCUGCUGCUUGUCUCCCAACCACAAGAUAUUACACUAUGGAGACGUGGAGGAGGGCUUGAGCCAGCCUACUGCCGAGAGCCUACCGGAAAAACUCCCUGUAGCAGAAAUGCGUGCACUGCUCGUGGGCAGGGACUGUCCCCAUGUCCGGGAGAAGGGCUCCGGGAAGCAGAACAAGGACGUCUGGGAACUAGCCUUCUCUGUCGGCUAUGACCUGGGGGAGGAGGAGACAGCCUAUCUCAAUUUCAUCGCUCCCUCCAAGCGAGAGUUCCACCUUUGGAUGGAUGGGCUCAAUGCCCUGCUGGGUAACCCCAUGAGUAGCGAGCAGACGCGAAUGGACCUGGAGUUGCUCCUGGCCAUGGAGACGAAACUGCAGCUGCUGGAACUGGAAGCUGUGCCCAUCCCGGACAGGCCGCCCCCCGUGCCUCCACCACCCAGCAACUUCAACUUCUGCUGUGACUCCGGCGUGGCCGAGCCUUGAGGGGAUGGGUGGAGAGUGGGGAAAGGAACAGAGACCCCAAGGUCUCUCCUGAUAUUGCCCUCGUCUUAUGGCCCCACUGGGCUGCACACGCCAGGGAGAAUGAGGGGAAUUCAUUGGUGGAGGGCAAUGGCUUGAUUUGACUGUAAUAAUCAUAAUAGGGGCUCCUUUGGCCCCUAACCCACAGGAGCGCAAGAUCAGUGUCUCACUGUGGGGGAUGCUGCUACCCAGAUACAGUGGCUUCUAGCUCAGGAAUAAAGAGGUCUGUGCCCAGGGCGCGCACACCUGUGUGAGCAUGAA